AAAAUCUUUAAAAUAACUUUUAAAAAAAAAUAACUCUAUAAAUUAAUAAAAUGCUGUAGUCUCAAUAUUAUUAAUUUAUAGAUUUUUACUGUAUAUCACAUCCUAAAACUUCAAAUGUUAGUAUACAAAAAAGUCAAAUAUUUUCUUAAACAUCUUUUUAUUUCUCCCUCUUAAUUUAUCAAUUAAAAUAUUUUGACAUUAGUUUUUCAGUUUUUUUGCUUAUGAUAUCAAAAAUAUUUUUUAUUAUGACACAAAAAACUUAUAUUAAAUCUAUAACUUUUGAAAGUUUGGUAUUAUUUUUAUGUAUACCAUUGUUACAAAAUCAAAAUAUAUUUAAUAAUCUUCUUAAUUUCUAAUGAAUUUCAUCAAUGAAAUUUUUUAAAGACGUAAAUACUUUAUUUUAUCUAAGAUAUUAAAAAUAAGGUUUGUUUUAUUUAUGACAUAAAUAAUUCAUAUCCAAUCUAAAACUAUAUAAGGUUGAUGUAAAUUCUGUAUACCGAACUUUUUCAAAUAUUAUUAACCUUAGCGAUUCAAACUCAAACCAAAAUUUUAGAAAUCCAAGUCAGAACCUAAUUUGAUUACUGCUAAAAAAUUGAUGGGAAUAAAUCAUUACAUGACCAUAAAUUUGGGGGGGGGGGGGAAAUGAAGAAAACAAAACCCUGAUAGAAAUCCAAUUAUGUUAUUGUUAACUCCAGUACUAACAAUAAUAUAUUCUGAAUAUGAUAGCAUGAAUAUAUAUAUAUAUACAGAAAAAGAUGAUAAAACUUUGGAAGUACAAAUUGAUAGAAAAUUAAAUGGCAUAAUUGGAGAAAAACAAAUACAGAAAGGAAAGAGAUAAUCAAGGGGAGAACACAAUUUUCCUUUGCCUUCAAAUGUAUUGAAGGGACCUUUUCCUCCCUCCACUUCUCCACUUUCUCUGGGAACACAGAAAAUACUUUCUCUCCAUCCAUUUCUCUUCCUCUAUUUUCUUAAUUAAUCAAUGUCUCUUUUUUUUUCAUAAUAUCCACCUUAUCUCUUCGUUCCAAGACAACAAUUCUCAUGUUCCCACAAAAAAAAACUAGAAUAAUUCAUUAGAAGUUUACCUUUUCCUGUAAAAUUUGCUUCAUCUCCAUGGUUUCCCCAAUCUUCAGACAUGGAAGGUAAGUUGUUACAAUCUCCCUGCCAAUACAUAUACAUACCUCCCUUGACGUGCAGACCAAUCUUCUAGCUAGUUUCUUUUCAACAAGACAUGAGGGAUGCUUUUAAUAUUCGUCCAUAUAUGGAUGAUUAAGGACUCAACUCCAAUUGAGAAAGCUUUAAUCUAUAUACAUUGAAACAGGUUUCUCUGACCUGGAAUACUUGUCUUACCUUAUCUCUAGCAAUGUUGUCGAAGCGCGGAAAGAAGCUUGACUCCUCUGAGGUAGGUACAUGCGAGGCUGCCCUAAGUAUAAUGAUAUAUGUAUUUCCAACUGAAAUGUUAUUUUUCUAUUUUCUUGUGCAGUCAAGUCAUCAUGUCUCAUCCUUGGGGCCAAAAGAAUCAGCUAAUCUUACGGAUUAUCCACCGUUAAAUAUCAUUCAUCCAACUCCACAACCACGCAGAGAGAUGCAGAAGCCAUUGUUUGAUCAUAAAAAAAUGGAAAAUCUUAUACAAACAGAGCCUACUGGGUCCAACAGUCACUACUGUCCUCUCCCCAGUAAAAAAGUCUCAUCCUCCACAACCACACAAAGAGAUGCAGAAGCCAUUGUUCAUCAAUCUCCACAACCACGCAAAGAAAUGCAAAAGCCAUUGUUCGACCCCAAGAAGAUGGAAAAUCUUAUAAAACCAGAGCCGACUGGGUUCAGUAAUCACCACCGUCCUGUCCCCAGCCCAAAAAUUCCAUCCAGUACCACGCAAAGAGAUGCAGCAACCAUUGUUCAUCAAUCUCCACAACCACACAAAGAGAUGCAUAAGACAUCGUUCGAUCCCAAGAAGAUGGACAAUCUUACAAAACCAGAGCCCGCUGGGUUCAACAGUCACCACCGUCCUAUGCCCAGUCCGAAAAUCCCAUCAUCACCUGGUUCCAACAUGACCGAGUCACAACUGGUCAAUACAUCAAACUCAAACACCAAACCAAACAACAAUAGUAACAGCAGUAGCAACAUGAGUUCAAGAAAUAACAGCAUCGAGAGCACUUCCUCUAACCCUUCUAAGCCACACACAGGUGGUGACAUCAGGUGGGACGCUGUGAACAUGUUGACCUCUAAAGGAGUCCAGCUCGGGAUCAGCGAUUUCCGCCUCCUGAAACGGCUCGGUUAUGGAGACAUUGGGAGUGUUUACCUAGUUGAGCUCAGAGGUACCAACACAUUUUUUGCCAUGAAAGUGAUGGACAAGGCUUCCUUGGUUAGUAGGAACAAGCUGUUGCGAGCUCAAACAGAGAGAGAGAUUUUAUCUCAGCUUGAUCACCCGUUCUUGCCCACAUUAUACUCCCAUUUCGAGACUGAUAAAGUCUAUUGCCUGGUCAUGGAGUUCUGCGGGGGUGGCAAUCUCUAUUCCUUGAGACAGAAGCAACCCAACAAAUGGUUUACUGAAGACGCCGCAAGAUUGUUUGCUUCUGAAGUGCUAUUGGCAUUAGAGUAUUUACACAUGCUCGGAAUCGUAUACCGUGAUUUGAAGCCAGAGAAUGUUCUGGUCAGAGACGACGGGCACAUCAUGCUCUCAGACUUCGAUCUCUCCCUCCGAUGUUCUGUCAAUCCAACUCUCGUCAACUCCUCCUCCGGCGGUGGAAGCGGUCGUCCCGUCGGAUUCAUCGAAGAGGAAUCCACAGCCCAAGCGUCCACAUUCUUCCCACGUAUCUUGCAAUCCACGAGAAAGAACCGUAAGGCCAAAUCAGACUUCGGGCUAUUCGUAAACGGAUCAAUGCCAGAGCUCAUGGCAGAGCCAACAAACGUGAAAUCAAUGUCAUUCGUGGGGACACACGAGUACUUAGCACCGGAGAUCAUCCGCGGAGAAGGACAUGGAAGCGCCGUAGACUGGUGGACCUUAGGGAUCUUCAUCUACGAGCUUCUCUACGGAUCGACACCUUUUAAAGGACAAGAGAAUCGCGCGACGCUCCACAACGUGAUCAAACAAGCGCUGAGAUUCCCGGAUCUCCCUCACGUGAGCUCAGCGGCGAGGGAUCUCAUCAAGGGACUGUUGGUUAAGGAGCCGCAGAAACGGAUCGCUUAUAAACGAGGCGCGACGGAGAUCAAGCAGCAUCCGUUCUUCGAAGGCGUGAAUUGGGCGUUGAUACGGAGCGCAACGCCGCCGCACAUACCGGAACCGGUGGAUUUCACGGCGUUCGCAAGUAAGGGAGAUGGCGGGAAGAAGAGUAACACUAAUCGCAAUGAUCCUGACUACAAUGAUUUUGAAUACUUUUAGCAAUUUAUAAUGACUAUACAUUAUACACCUCCUUUCAAACAUUUAAUUUAAUUAUUACUCUUUUUGUUGUCUUUAUUUAUUUAGAGUUCAAUAUCAAGUGUAUAAAAAACAAGAAUUUAAUUCCAA